AUGUAUAUUGUCAUAUCUAUCUAUCUAUCUAUCUAUCUAUCUAUCUAUCUAUCUAUCUAUCUAUCUCUCUCUCUCUCUCUAUAUAUAUAUAUAUAUAUAUAUAUAUGCAUAAUAGUUGGAAGCGAGUUAAAGUCUCAAUAUUCAGUUUACACGUUAUUCCUUAUCUCCUCUCUAACCCCACCACUCUCUCUCUCUCUCUCUCUCUCUCUCUCUCCCUCUCUCUUGCAUUCACACUCUUCUACUCCCUCAGCUGCUUUCUAUCAGCUUACGUUGGCCAACGCGCGAAUAAGGGCCCUUCUCUCUCUCUUUUCUUUCUUUCUUUCUUUUCACUGUUUUUAUACUAAUGCCUUCUUCUGCGUCAUUUCAACUUUUCUUCAUUUUGUAUAUUGUUAUCAUUUUUCUUUCUUUCUUUUCACGCUUAUUAUUUUUCACAUUUUAAAACUUUUCUCCCUUCUUUUUAGUUCAUUUCUUCCUUCUUUUUGUUUUGAAAAUUUCCCACUCUCUCCUUAUUAUUAUUCUCUCUCUCUCUCUCUCUGUUUUUCUUUCUUUUUUUUCUUUCUUACCUACCCGAUUUUGCCUUCUAAAUGGAAUACACUAUCUUCUUCUUCUUCUUCUUCUUCUUCUUCUUCUUUCUCUCACUCUCUCAGGAUAUCUUGCAAUAUUAACUUGAAAGCCCUUCGCAUUUCCCCCAAGUCUCUCUUGACGGAAUGGCUUUAUUUACGGGAGAAAAGAAGCAUUCGACAAUUUUAUGACGCAUUCCUAUCCAUGAAACAUUCGACGAGAUGUAAUAGGUUACGCGCUAUCUAUCUAUCUAUCUAUCUAUCUAUCUAUCUAUCUAUCUAUCUAUCUAUCUAUCUAUCUAUCUAUCUAUCGCAGGCUGAUCAUUAUCUAUCUAUCUAUCUAUCUAUCUAUCUAUCUAUCUAUCUAUCUAUCUAUCUAACAUAG